GGUAUGGCUUAUCUCCAUGGGAGCGAGGUUCGUUGCCAUGGGAACCUGAAGUCUUCCAAUUGUGUGGUUGACAGCAGGUUUGUAUUGAAAAUCACGGACUUCGGUCUCCACAGCCUACGGGCUUAUGAUGAGAAUGUUGAUUCCUACGACUACUGGAGAAGAAAACUGUGGACCGCUCCCGAACUUCUGCGCAUGCCUCUCAAGUCGAGUGAAGGUACACAGAAGGGCGAUGUGUAUGCAUUUGCUAUCAUUUCACAUGAAAUUGUAGUGAGACAAGGCCCUUUUUAUCUUGGUGUUUUAGACGUCGUCCCAAGAGAAAUUGUAGAAAGCGUCAAGAACGGACAGAAGCCACUCUUUCGUCCCUAUCUGGAAAAAGGGACGUGUAGUAAAGAAGUAGAAGAUAUGAUUAAAAGGUGUUGGGCAGAAGACCCAACAGAACGCCCUGACUUUCAAGCCUUAAAGUCAGUCAUCAGAAAAUUAAAUAAAGACAACGAAAGCGGAAAUAUCCUAGACAAUCUGCUCUCGAGGAUGGAACAGUACGCCAAUAAUCUGGAGACGCUGGUCGAAGAGAGAACCGCAGAUUACCUAGAAGAGAAAAGAAAGGCCGAAGAUUUACUCUAUCAGCUUUUACCUCGGCCUGUCGCCAGUCAGCUGAUACGAGGAGAAUCCGUAACAGCAGAAGCUUUUGACAACGUCACCAUUUAUUUCAGCGACAUUGUUGGUUUUACAUCUCUCUCAGCUGAGAGCACGCCAAUGCAGGUAAGAGAAAAAAUAUCACCAACUCUUA